CAGUCCGCAGGCACUGAGCAUUUCAUAGCAGCUGUUGUAUGGUUUGUGUGUACGUCUCGGAAAUGAACGCGGCGUAGUGUGCGCGUGCAGUGCAUUGGCGAUUGACUGAAAUCGUUCGAGCAAAAAUUACUUUUUUUAAAUAAUUAUAGAUAUUAUCAUUUAUUUAGUAAAUGUGUACUAUAUUACUCUGAUUGUUCAAAUUUUACUCAAUGUACGCUCAUGAGCUCUGUAAUAUACUAUAAAAUACUAUUUAAAUGAGAAUAUUUUUAUUAGAUAAAAUAGUAGAUGUAUCAAUAAUUAUUUAUCGUGAAAUGUGAACUUUCGACGUUAAACUUUACAUGUUUAAGUUUUUUUAACAUUGGUUUUUUAUUAUCCGGAUGAUUACGAAAAAUCUAAGGAUUCAUCGAUAGUGUAAAUUAUCCAAUCACAUACUUCGUUAGUUGAUUUCAAAUCUGGACAUGGCCGAUAUCAAAAACCGUACAGACGAUGCUUCUAACAAUAACGUGACAAAUAAAACUCAUUUGUUUCCCAAAAGAACAGAAGUCAAUUUGUCGUUCGAGGACCUUACGUAUUCCGUGUCAAUUUAUAGCAAAUUUAAAAGAGUUAAGAAAGAUAUUUUGCAUGGAAUCAAUGGCAACUUUCGAUCAGGUGAACUUACGGCAAUCAUGGGACCAUCGGGUGGUGGUAAAAGUACACUUCUCAAUGUUCUUGCUGGAUAUUCAGUAACGGGUAGUGGUGGUUCAGUGUACUUAAAUAAUAUAUCAAGAGAUCAUAAAUGUAUGUCAAAAAUUAGUUGUUACAUACAGCAAGAUGACUAUGUUCGUGAUUUAUUGACUGUCAGAGAAUCAAUGAUUGUGGCUUCACACCUCAAACUACCGCCAGAAAGAUCAACACUGUCCAAAAUCAGACAAGUUGAGGACUUGCUUGAUGCGUUGGGUCUAUCAGUUCAUGGAGACACUAUCACAAAAAGGCUUUCUGGUGGCCAGAAAAAAAGACUCUCUAUCGCAUUGGAACUUAUUACCAAUCCGUCGAUUAUAUUUCUUGAUGAACCUACAACGUAAGUAUUUCUAUAAUUU